AUGGAAAUCGAAAAUAUCAACACCCAUGAAUUAACCCGCGGACGGUUGGAAAUACGGGUAACACGCGCGGAAUCUCCAUCGCUUUUCUGGGUCCAGCUGAAGAACGGCGAAAGAGAUCUGAUGGAGCUUAUCGAAAAGCUUAACUUCCGAAUGAAUCGACGAUCUCAAUAUCUUCAUUGUUGGCCUGAAGACUUGAAAGAAGAUGAGCCUUGCGCUGUCAAAAUUAAAACCAUCUGGCAACGCGGCGUCAUUAUAAGAGUUAAUACAAUGACGCAUAGGAUCAAAAUCUCUCUCAGAGAUUGGGGCAUGGUAAUCUGGAGGCCUAUGGGACAUGUUUAUUUUUUAGAAGACCGAUUCCGAGACUUGCCGUGGCAAAGCAUCAGAUGCGGUUUACCACACACAGGCCCAGCGGUUACAACAGCUACGGAAUGGCCCGAAAAGAUACGGCAAUUAUGUAAGAUCCUCACAGAGCGCCAAGAAGGAUGGAUGCAAAUAGUCCAUCCCCUUGGUGAUAGAACUGCAAUGGUAAAAUUAAUGAUAUACAAUGAAUAUACUGAGGGGGCCCACAACCUGAGAGACUUUCUGAUACAACUGGGCCACGCUAGACUCACUGAAAACAUCACGACAGACGUAUACCUCACUGUAUAA